GGGCAUGCCGGAGGACUGGGCUAAAUUACUUGUAUCUAGUACUAUAACAAAACAAGAACAAAAGAAAAAUCCUCAAGCUGUUUUAGAUGUUUUAAAAUGGUACGACAAUUCACAGCAGAGUCCCACAUCCAAAUAUAUGACACAUGGCCAUACAACCACACAUUCUGGUUCCUCCCUGAGCCGUGUAAGCUCUAGUUCCCCUAGCAGUACAACACCAACAGAUAGUGAAGGUGGUAGUGGUAAUUUACUACCAUGUAGUCUACCGGUUCAAAGUAGUGUUAAUUCUGGACCAGAUUCCUAUAGGAUAUCAGAAAAUCGUGAUUUAGACGAACCUCCAGCUCCACCCGUUGCUAGCCGUCCUGAAAGAACUAAAUCUAUUUAUACCAAGCCUGUUGAAGAAACCAUAACACCCCUUCUGCCGCUGAAAGCAACAUUGGACAAUAAUAAAAAUGCUGCAGUAUCACCUGUUCAUAAUACGGCAAACAGUAAUAAUACUCUUACAACCACCGCCCAACAAACUCCCACAAAUAAAACACGCGUGCCUCAACAAACACGACCUAAAAAAAUGUCAGAUGAAGAAAUUCUAGAAAGGCUUAGGACUAUAGUUAGUGUUGGUGAUCCGAAUAGAAAAUAUACAAGAAUGGAGAAAAUUGGACAAGGUGCUUCUGGAACUGUGUAUACUGCAAUAGAAACCAGUACUGGAAUGGAAGUGGCUAUAAAACAAAUGCAUUUAGCCCAACAACCUAAGAAAGAAUUAAUUAUAAAUGAAAUUCUGGUCAUGCGAGAAAAUAAACAUCCUAAUGUUGUGAAUUAUUUGGAUAGUUACCUAGUUUCAGAGGAAUUGUGGGUUGUUAUGGAGUAUCUUCCAGGAGGGUCUUUGACUGAUGUUGUGACUGAAACUUGCAUGGACGAAGGACAAAUUGCUGCUGUAUGUCGAGAGGUUCUCCAAGCAUUAGAUUUCUUACACUCUAACCAAGUAAUACAUAGGGAUAUAAAAAGUGAUAACAUACUGCUAGGACUGGAUGGAAGUGUUAAAUUAACUGAUUUUGGCUUUUGUGCACAAAUUUCUCCUGAACAAAAUAAAAGGACAACAAUGGUUGGAACUCCUUAUUGGAUGGCACCAGAAGUUGUUACUAGGAAAUUAUAUGGGCCUAAGGUUGAUUUAUGGUCACUAGGAAUCAUGGCGAUUGAAAUGAUUGAAGGUGAACCUCCAUAUUUAAAUGAAAACCCUUUAAAAGCAUUAUACCUUAUAGCAACUAAUGGUAAACCAGAAAUUAAGGAAAAGGAAAAACUUAGUCUUGUGUUUAGGGAUUUUCUUGAUCAAUGUUUAGAAGUGGAAGUUGAAAGGAGAGCCACAGCACUUGAAUUAUUAAAGCACCCAUUUUUGAAGUUGGCUCGGCCGCUAGCAAGUUUAACACCACUUAUAAUGGCAGCUAAGGAAGCAGCAAAAGGCCAUUAGCAUUUCUUUUAGAUUAGUUCAGUGUUUAAGCUUUAAUAUCAACUGAUUUGGAAUCCAACCAUUUACAUAAACAGUGAGAUAUAGUGAUGAAAUAUUUUUAAGGACCAAUGAUUAAUAAGUUUCUAAAAUGAGAGAAAUGUUCUAGUGUUCAUGCAUAUGUGAUAUAUAUGUGUGUAUUUUGAUGUUUUUAUAAAUUUGGAAAGGAACAGGUAAGAUCUAUUUGUUAUUCUAAAUUGGAAAGAUGUCUUGUUACCAAUUCUCCACAAUUUUUAUUAUAGUAUGUUUUUAACUAUGAUAGUCAGACAGUAGUA